AUGCCCGGACAACUCUCGGGCAACGUCGACGAGCUGGAACUAGAUUCUGAGGGGCGCUGCGUCAUCCUCGAGUUUCCCGCUUUUGUCCUCCUGGGUGUAUACAGUCCUGCCAACCGAAACGAAUCUCGACACAACUUUCGGAUCGCCUUCCUGGAGGCCCUCGAUGUGCGAGUGCGAAACAUUAUCGCAUCAGGGAAACAGGUCAUACUCACAGGCGACUUGAAUGUCGUCCGAUCUGAGAUGGACUCCACGAACGUCGCGGAAUGUCUUCGCAAGGAAGGCAUGUCUCUGGAGGAGUGGAAAGAGGUGCCUUCGCGACGCAUCUUCAACCACCUCAUUUUUGAUGGCAGUGUGUCCGGGCAAAGAGACGAGGGAAGAGAGACCCCAGUGCUCUGGGAUUUGUGCCGGUGCUUCCAUCCCGGUCGUCCGGGCAUGAACACCUGUUGGGACACGAAGCGCAACACCCGGCCCGCCAACAACGGCAGCCGCAUCGACUACAUAUUGUGCAGCGCCGGCGUGAAGCCCUGGUUCACACACGCCGAUAUACAGGAAGGCUUGAUGGGGUCAGAUCACUGCCCGGUCUUUGGGAUGCUGGCCGAUUCAGUCGAGAUGGAUGGGCGGCGUGUGUCCCUCACUGAUGUGACGAACCCUCCCGGCAUGUUCAGCGACGGAAAACGCUUGCGCGGAUGGUCUCACAAGGACAGCCUUCCGCUCUCUGCCAGGCUCAUACCAGAGUUUGACCGCCGCCAGAGCAUCAGAGACAUGUUCUCUAGGUCUGCGUCCAAUACAGGACUGCAAUCAGUGUCACAGAAAGCGGACAACGCUCCUUCUUCAAGCUCAAGUGCAACUCCCGUGAGGGACGAGGAUGUUCCUGCAAAGGACGACUCCAACACCCCCAAAGAUAACUACACCCGGGCAAAGAACACUACAAGGCUUUUUUAA